UUUACACCACAAAUGCACCACAAAACUCAUUCUCUUGACUCUACAUUCUCAUGGCCAAUCUCAAUCAACCCUUCAAGUUCAUACUCACAACUCUCUCUUUUCUCUUCUUCCUCAUGAUAUCUCACACUGCUUCAUCUUCUUCUUUAUCUUCAUCUUCAUCUUCUUCACAUUCUUCCAACAAUAACCAAGAUAUGAUCAAAUCUCAAAACCCUUCUUUAACCAACACUGAAUUAUCUCAUUACCAUCAAGUGUUCUAUCUCAAGAACACUGAUCACUCUCAAAUGUUUUUGAACAGACAAGAACGUAUCAAGAAAAUGAGAAUGAACAGAAACAAAAACAACAACAUGAUGAAGAAACAGAGGAAACAGAGUAAACAGAGGAAAUAUAGGAAGAAAAUGGUCAAGAACAUGAUGAAAUCACCAAAACCUUUCUCUGUUAUGCUUCCAAAAGGUUUUGUUCCUCCUUCUGGUUCUUCACCUUGUCACAAUGAUCAGCCUAAUUCAGUUAAUUCCUUCCACUGCUAUCUUGCUUCAACAGAACCUUGA